AUGGUGAGGAGUAAGACAAUUGGAUCGAGGCCGCCAAAGUGCGACAACAGAUGCGGCUCCUGCGGUGGCCACUGUGAAGCAGUCCAAGUCCCCGUGACGACAAUGCAGGGGAGAAGGCAGGGGAGGAGCAGCCGUUUCAGUGUUGCCUACACCUCCAGAGGUGAAGAUUACUCCAACUACAAACCCAUGAGUUGGAAGUGUAAAUGCGGAAACUCCAUUUUCAAUCCUUGA